UGCUGAUUAAAGGGGGCACCGGGGCGGCCCAGGCGGCUGGGUUCAUCACAGGGCUUUGAAAAUCCGCAGAUAGUGAGCAUAAUUUGAUUAAGAGAUUAAAACUUUUUAAAAAGACAAUCAUGGGAGAUUCUUUGUUUUGGCCUCUUGCCACGCGGUGUGGGGGAUCUCAGUUCCCUGACCACGAUCGAAUCUGCGUCCUCAGCAGUGAAAGCACCUAGUCCUAAGCACUGCACCGCCAGGGAAUUCCCAGGGGUGAUUCUGAAUGAGGAGAGUACUGGGGGGAGACCAGUCCUGUCAGAGACUGAAAUGUAUCCUCUAACUACACUAAUUAGACUUGCGCCGGAGUGGCACGCAGGUGGGCAGAAAGAUUAGUGGGACAGAAUUUGGAGCCCAGAUUGAUUCAAGUGCUUAGAAGAGUUCACGUGUGGUAAAGGUGGUAUUUUAAAUCUGUGGGAAAGGGCAUUCAUUUAAGGGUGCUGGAGUCUAAGGGGACAGCCUUCAGGGAAAAUAUGAAGUUGCGUCCACACUUCACACCCACUUUGAACCAGAAGGAUCAGAAACUUAAAUAUAGUAAAAUCUUGCAAGUACUAGGAGGAAAAACACACCUCACACACACGAGGAAAGGAGCGGGAGGGUGUGGGAAGAGGUGUGGGUGCAGGGGCUCAGGGCGCAUCAAAGCCAGGAGCCUGCAGUUUCAGCAAUCCUGUUUAAAACCUGGGAGUUUGCACCAUUUCUUUUCUUAGCCUUUGGGGUGUAUUUUAGGAAUACUGUCUUGAGAUGAAAAAGCAUUUAUCUUCUGUUCCUAAUAGCCACAGAGAUUGACAAGUUUGUAUUAAACUAUGAGGAAGAGUUUAUUUCUCUUCUGUUAAAUACACAUUAAACCUAAUGUUUUUUGUUACAAGUAGCUGUGAACUAUGAUGUGUUUUAAAUAAAAUGUUAUUUCAACUACGUAUGCAUUAACCACUGAUGCUUCCUUAACUUUUAAAAUGGUUAUUUCUGGACAGUGGGAUUUUUUUUCCCACUUUCUUUGUAAUUCUCUGCCCUGUUAUUCUUUUAAUAACCUUGUAUCAUUGUUAUAAAAACAGUAAAGACAGUAUUCCAACUGUAAAAUACAUCAUCCUGUUAAAGAACAGAGAGCCAGUCCUUCUGUCCCUCCCCUGCAGGGGAUAGUUGAGAACACAUUCCAUCCUGGCAGCGCACACACAUCCACCGCCUUCUGUGUGGACUGAUUAGGCGGAGGGCCCCGGGACGUGUAGCUGCCCCGAGGGGAUGAGGGGACGGACGCUGUGUGGUCCGUCCCUGAGGCCUGAGCAGGUUGGGAGCCUUCGAGGUACCCUGGGCUCUGGCGGAGGGGGGCCUUCAGGUGGCGGGGGCAGUGUUCCUCAUACCGUGGGUGGCUGGACUGUCCUGUGGCUUCUGCUUCUCCUAGAUUUGGUUUGAAUGUGAACCUCACAGGAGGCGUGUGAACCUAUGGAGGGCAGGACCCAAGGCUUUCUUUACUGUCUCAGCCCCACAGGGCCUGGAGCGUUGGCUGCUUGGAGAGUAGCCCUCUAGGCGCUUGAGAAGCGAAGUUAGUUAAUGGGAGAUGUUUCGGGACUGACGGCAGAGCAAAGCAAAGGUCACACACUCUGCAGAUGGCAGUUAGGAGCUCGCCCAGAUGCUCCCGUCAGAUUCAUAAGCUGGGAUCAUGCAAGUUUAAACUUCUGAGAGCUGGUACAGGAAUUGUCGUCUUUGUAUAAGGAGGAGCCUGUCAAGCGGCAGUCUCCAUGGACACCGACCUUGGCCUCUCUCUUGCAGGUCUACCACACUUUGUUCUGGCCUCUCGAGUGGACAGUGGCCUGCAGAGACAGCAACACCUGUUACGCGAAGAUUAUCUGCAGCAAAUUCGACAAUGUGUUCACCACCUUGGAGAUCACGAAGUCCUCGGGGCUGGACAUCACGCAGAAGGGCUGCUGAGGCUAAGCCGCUGCUGUCGCGUUCCUUGUCCCGCUGCCGUUUCUGUGAAGACGACAUGCUCUCGGCUGUGGCUGAAGGGCGAACCCCAGCUUAGCCCCCUUCUGCGAUGGACGUGAAGGCCCCCAAGGGGUCCCACCAGGGUAAGAAGAGUAAGAACAGGACCGAGGAGAAGUUUGCCAGGAAGUUUCCGUACAGGUUUUCCUGGCUGACGGAGACCAACGCGGAGCCCCUGCAGCCCUGGAAGGUCACGAAGACGAGCAGCUCGCUGCGGAAGCAGCUGCCCCUGCAGAAGACGUUGGUGCCCACGAGGUCCGUCCCGGUCAGAGGGCUGGGGGCCCCGGAUUUCCCUCCACUGUCCAGCCUCCGGCCGCCACCGUCACCACCAAGCAACGUCUGGGAGCUGGUGCUGCUGAGCCGCCGCUUCCCCGGGUCCGCGCUUCCCCCCACCGGCCGAUGCCGCCCGCCCCCCCGAGGGCCCCUCCUGGAGCCCAGCUCUGCGCCGCCUCUCUCUCGGCCACCCGCUCCCCGGGCGCUCAGGGCAGCGGGCUAAGGUGACCUGUGGGGAGGCGGGCAGCCCUGAGGAGCCCCGGAAAGGUCGCCCCGCGAAUACACGCUGCAGGUUCCCACCCCCUUGGAAGGUCGUCUGCAUGUCCGGCUGUGUGUUCUCAUCCAUAAAAGGGGGUGACGGUCAAUUCUGCAGCGAGUGAAUAUCAUUUCCAAGAAUCUACCCCAAAGCUAUGCUCACACAUGUAAGUAAAGAUGUUUGGACAAUGAUAUUCAUUCCAGCGCCGCGGGAAAUAGCAAGUGAUUGGAGACCACCUAAAUAUCUGUUAAUGGCGGCUUUAAAUCCUGCCACAGCUGCACCGCGAAGCGUUAGACAGGCAUUAGCAAGAAGCAGCCCUUUACAUGCCGAUCUGGAACAAUCUACAAAGGACGUUCAGAUAUUUUUUAGAGCACAGCAGAGAGUGUCUAAAAUGCUGCCAUCUGUGUAUAUUAGAGAGCGGUGUGUGCGUGUAUGAGCGUGCACGUGUGUGUGGGCAUGUGUACGCGGGUGCGAGUGUGGAGCAGGUAACAACUUUUGGGUAGAAAAACUGGGGACUUGGAGACGGGCAUACCGUUUUCUAAUGUUUACUGCGUGAACCUAACAGCCUCGUUGUGGGUGUUUCACAACUCUAAAGGGAAGACUUGAGGAAUGGAAGAGGGGCUCCCGGCCCGCUGCAGUCCAGCCUGCGGAACCCCCUGGCAUUCGUAGGGGCAGCGUAUGUGGGAGGGUGGCUGCUGAGGAUGUAAGUGUUCCCCUCUGUUCUACUGAGACAGGGGCUAGGACGUCAUCUUGGAGCCUUGGGAAAGCACUCAGACUGGGACCCUCACUGUAGCCCUCCCCCGGGAGAGAGAAGGGGGUGGGGACCCUGGGGAGGACCAGGGUGGCCGCCUUAGCAAUGUGGACAAGUGUCCAUCUCUUUCCAAUAGACGUUUGGUUGUUUCCACUCUUUGCUGUGGUGGGUGAGGCUGCUCUGAGCCUUCCUGUCCGGUCCUGUCCCCUGGCACGUUGUCUCCGGAGAAGACUUGCUGGCCAGAGUGCCCCUGAGCACCCACCCUCACCUGCAGGCACAGCACUGUUUCCCGAGGGUCCCUCUGCACGUGGCCAUGAGCAGCUGACAGACAGAGGCUCCUUCAGCCCCACCUCCAGGCUGCACUGGCUGUGGCCCCAGAGCGUUUAGGAAACGGAGCCGGAGGGCGCGUGGGGCAAAGCCGGGGUUCUGUCGUAGAAAAAGCUCAGCCCGUCCCCUGAAUCCAGUCCUAAAAUGUGCUGCUCCUCAGCGGCUCCUCCCCUGCGAGUUCUCGCUGAAGAGAGAACGUUUAGGGAGUAAGGAACUCUCUGCUGGUCUCGCUGUGUGCCGAGCCUUCGUACACGAGGGCCUCAGAGAGGAAAAGGAGCUUUGGGAAGCACCUCACAGACAACGCGCGACACGCUGCACGUCUGACGGCAGGAGAGGCUGAGCGGGGUUCUCGGUGCAGAGUCACCCCACGGACCAGAGAAAUGACCACGGUGGCCCGUGUGGCGCAUGGGGCGUGCUGCCAGGGUGCAGCGGCAGCCGCCCAGACCUCGAUUGUCCUGGUGCCCUGAGUGCCAACAGAGCCAAACGCACAGCACAGGGCUGAGGACUCCUAAGGAGGAGGUCGCGGGUGCCGGCCCGCCUUCUAGGAGUUUCUCCUGCAGUCACACGCGUGCGUAGGACCAGGUGUGUGCAAGGACGCAGGUGUGCCUAAAUGCCUAUCGCUGAGGGGCCGGUGAAAUAAAAGCAAGUCUGCAGUGGAUCCUCCCCAGAGCGGGUCUGGAGACAGGGAUGCGGAUGCAACUAGUUCAGGUGGGGGGAGGUUCCAGGAAGCGCCACCGUACAGCAGGGAGAGCCUCACCGCAGGCACCUGGGGCUGAGUCCCGGGAGGCCUCGGCAGUUUCCCACCUGAGGGGCAAAAGCUGCAGGGCGGGCCCCCUUGUUCCACCAGACGGGGCUGACGGCUUUUCGAAGGGCGCUCCCUCUGCCUCCGCUGCGGCUGGAGAAGCUUCAAGGCGUGG